AUGAUUGCCAUUUACUUUUUGAAUCAUGAAAAUCAACAUAAGCUUGCUGAAAAUGAUAAUUCAUGGGAGAACAAAGAAAAUUCUUUAAAAUCAGAGCUUUAUGCAACUGAACGAUCAUUGAAAGAGCUCAAAGCAUAUCAAGAACAAUUGAAAGCUGGUGCAUCAAUUGAUCAAAUAAUAAAAGAUCGUCAAGGAGAGCUUGAAAAGCAGUUGAAAGAUCUUACUGCAAAGAGUCGUGAGUCGAAAAAUUCAAAUGAAGGAUUAAAAAUUCAAGAAUCAGCUCAGUCAAAAAGUAAAAAUCAGGAGUUGGACAAUAUUCAAUUACGUAGGAGGAUUCAAGACCUUGAGAAAAGGUUGUCUGAAGCUCAAUCAAGCAGAAAUGCAGAAAAUGAGUUAAUCAAUAAAGAACUCAGUGUUCUUCGAGCAGAAAACAGUCGUCUCAAGACUGAAACAAAAGAAUCUUCAGAAAUCCAUAGAAAGAAUCAAAGCCUCGAAGAACAAACUGCUGAACUUUCAAAGUUAAGACCUCAUAUUAAAAGUUUGGAAAAGCAUGUUGCAGAACUUGAGAGAGUCUGCCAACACAUGAGUGAAUCAGAAUCUCAUGCUGUUGAUUUACUUGAACGAAAUAAAGACUUGGAGAAUCAAGUAGCCGAGCUUAGUGUGCUCCGUAAACGUUUAAGAGAUUCAGAUAAUCAAAUAAAUGAAUUGCGUAGUAUUCAAAAACGGAUCACUGAGCUAGAAACUGUACAAACUGAAUAUGAUAUGCAAAAGUUAGAUUUUGACAAAAUGCUUCAAGAAAACAAAGUUCUUAAGCAAGAGAAUGUUUCCAAAUCAGAAGAGCUGAAGCAAUAUUAUCAAAAUAUGAUGGCAGAGCUUGAACAAGCUAAUUAUGAAAUAUCCAAUUUGAAAUCACAAGUCCUUGAAAUUGAAAAAGAAAAUAAAAAUUUGAUGGCAGAAAAAAAUCAAUUACAAAAUUACGUAAAUUCAUCUCUUGACUUACCAAGAGCAUCAAACAUGGAUGAUAACUAUUCUGCUGCCACAAUUACAAAUUAUGAAAUUCACCUUUCAGAAUUAGAUCUUGACGUGUCAUCACUACAAUUGCGAGCAAUAUGA